GGUCUCUCUUAUCCUGCUACGGAUAAUACACGGGGUUGUAAGAAGCGUGUUUAUCGAAAAAAAAAAACUAUUGUGUAGAAUGUAAAUUCAAGCAAACUAAUGAAAUUUAUAAAUAUAUAUAACAAAAACCUAUCCGUUCGGUUUUAAUAAAGAUUGAAGUAUUCUUUCUUAUUAAAAUAAAUUUCUUUUGUGCAUUAAAAGACUAUUACCAUUAAAAAAAAAGUUUUACAUACUUCGAUUUAACGGCUCGGAUGUUAUGCAAAAUAUCUUAAUUAUUGGACAAAAUAUAUAUGUUAUAAAUAAAUAACGAUGGCUUGUUGGUUGACUCCUACAAAUACCUCAAUUUUAAAAAUAAAGCCAUUAAUACUUAUUUUAUUAAAUUUAAACAUAUGCAUUGAACAAGUCAGUGCAACUUCAUUUCUUAUUCCUCAUGAGCCGUCUAACAUAGACCGACCUUUUUUUGACGAUAUAAGCCCAAGAAAUGUUUCUGCCGUUGUAGGCGAAAUUGCGAUACUAAGAUGCCGUGUCAAAAACAAAGGGAAUAGAACUGUUUCGUGGAUGCGAAAGAGGGACUUACACAUUCUAACAACUAAUAUUUAUACAUAUACCGGUGAUCAACGAUUUUCUGUAAUUCAUACUCCUAGUAGUGAAGACUGGGACUUAAAAAUUGAAUAUGCGCAAGCACGAGACAGCGGUGUCUAUGAAUGUCAAGUUAAUACUGAACCAAAAAUAAACUUGGCAAUUAAUCUGCAAAUAAAAGCUCUUAAUGAUUUUGAAAGUAUAAACUCCAAUAGACGGCACUAUGACUCAAAAGCAGCUCGAGCAAAGAUACUUGGAUCUACGGAAAUCCAUGUCAAGCGCGAGAGUACAAUUGCUUUAACAUGUUCAGUAAAUACACAUGCAUCAUCUGUUAUAUGGUAUCAUGGAUCGUCCAUUGUGGAUUUUGAUUCUUUACGUGGAGGCAUUAGUUUGGAAACCGAAAAAACGGAUGUUGGUACUACUAGCCGUUUAAUGCUUACGCGAGCUUCAUUCAAGGACUCUGGCAACUACACUUGUGUUCCUAAUGGAGCUAUACCAGCAUCUGUCAGAGUUCAUGUUUUAACGGGUGAACAACCUGCAGCCAUGCAAACAAGUGGGUCGAGAAGGAAAGGUGCUUACACUCCAACGAUUAUAUUCAUAUCAAUAAAAAUGUUGUUGUAUAUUUCACGUCUUUACAUAGAUGUUAAUCCAAAAGGAAGAUGACUAACUUUUCCAUUUAAAAUAUUCCAUUAAGAUUACAAAAUACUUUACUGGGAAAAAUUAAAGAACGCGUUUAAGCCAGAAUUUCAUAUAUAAGUAUUAUAGAAUAUGU